AUGUCUUCCCCACUGAGCCGUACCUUUCUCCGCACUUGCUCUAGAAACAUUGUUGGCCAGCGCUCCCUCCUUCGCAACACUGCCAGAAUCACCAGCAGAGCUUCAAUCGCACGAACAACCCUCUCCAUCCGCUCAGCAGCCGCUUUCUCUACCACCAUGAAGCCCAACUCGGACGCCUUUGCCAGCCCGGCUCCCGCUGCCGAGUUUGACCGUGAGAUUACCGACAUGGCAUCUUACAUUCACAACUACAAGGUCAACUCGGAGCUUGCUAUCGAUACCGCCAGAUAUGUCUUCCUAGACACCUUGGGCUGCGGCCUCAAGGCUCUCGAGUUCCCCCACUGCACCAAGCUCCUCGGUCCUGUCGUGCCUGGAACCACCGUUCCCAAUGGUACAAGAGUCCCCGGCACUCCUUACCAGCUCGAUCCUGUACUCGGUGCAUUCAACAUUGGUGCCAUGAUCAGAUGGCUCGACUUCAACGACUGCUGGCUUGCUGCCGAGUGGGGUCACCCCAGUGACAACUUGGGUGCAAUUCUCUCUGUUGCAGACUGGAUUAGCAGAACCAACCGCAACGGCGGAAACUUGGGCAAUGGAAAGAUCUUUACCGUGCGAGACGUCCUUGAGGCCAUGGUCAAGGCACACGAGAUUCAAGGUUGCAUGGCUCUCGAAAACUCCUUCAACAAGGUCGGUCUUGACCACGUUGUUCUGGUCAAGGUCGCAUCGACUGCUGUCGUCAGUCAAAUGCUUGGCCUGACCGAGGCUCAAACUCGUGAUGCAAUUUCGCAGGCAUGGGUCGAUGGUCAGAGCAUGCGUACAUACAGACACAGCCCCAACACCAUGAGCAGAAAGAGUUGGGCUGCCGGCGAUGCUUGCGAAAAAGCCGUCAACCUCUGCCUCAAGGUCAUGAAGGGCGAGGGUGGUAUGGCAACCGUCCUUACCGCUCCUACUUGGGGCUUCUACGAUGUCAACUUCCACGCCGAAUUCCACUCGCAAACCGCCGUCGAAGCGGCCAGCCGUAUCAACAAGAAGCUCAAGGCCAUGGGCAAAAGCGCCAAAGACAUCAAGGAUGUUACCAACCGAACACACGAGGCAUGCAUCCGUAUCAUCGACAAGCAGUUGAAGCCCAUGGACAACUUUGCCGAUCGUGAUCACUGUGUUCAGUACAUGGUUGCGACCAUGUUCGUCUUUAACCGUCUCGAGGCGUCAGACUACACCGAUGGGUCCGAGGCGGCAGAGAGCCCUCUUGUCGAGUCCCUUCGCAAGAAGAUCAAGUGUGUUGAGGAUCCUCAGUACACCAAGGACUACCACGACCCCGAGAAGAGAACCAUCUCCAACGCUCUUACCGUCACCUUGGAAGAUGGCACAACACUGGAAGAGGAGAUUGUCGAGGCGCCCCUCGGUCACAGAUUGCGUCGUGAGGAGGCCAAGCCAGAAAUCAUGGCCAAGUACAAGAGGCAUCUGGGACCUCACUUUGACGAGGCCCGGGUAAAGGAGUUGGUUGAUCUUGGCAACUCGCCCGACAAGCUGUACGCCAUGGAGAUUGACCAGUACGUGGAUCUCUAUGUCAAGGACAGCAUGUAA